AUGGCACCCUCUAACAAGAGGAAAAAUGUGGACGAUGAGUUUGUGCACACAAUAUCAGACAAUGAAGCUGACGUCGGCGAAGAAGUCGCUGUCGAAGCCCCGCCUCCCAAGAAGAAAACCAAGACGAGCAAGAAGGCGAAGCGAGCCGUCGAGGCAGAUGGCAUAGAAAAGGAGCCAGAAGGCAUAUGGGGACAAAACGAUGACGACGAUGGCGCCAUGGAUUCGGACUUCGACUUCAUGGUCGACGGUGCCGAUGCCCUCGUGGGAGACGACUUUGAAGGCUGGGGCUUCGAAGGAGCCAAGACGGCCAUGAGCGGGGGGACCGAGAAGAAGGGCGUCGACAUUGACGAGAUUAUUCGACGACGAAGAGAAAGAAAAGAGGGGAAUAUGGCCGGAUCUAAGCCGGAGGAGGAAAAGCCUGCUUCUGCAAGCGAUGAGGAAGAAGCAGACGAGGAACCCGAGUUGGAGCUCGACGACGACGAGGAUGGCGUCCUAGCUGAAGACGGCUUCGGCAUGGGCGUUGGAUCGGAUGUUGAGGAGUCGGAAGACGAAGGGAUGCGAGAAGGGGAUGAAGACGAAGCCGAAGCCGAAGCCGAAGCCGAAGACGAAGACGAGGAGGAUGCUGCAGCCUCGGAUGACGACUCGGUCGCAACUCCCGUUGAGCACCCGGACGACGCCGAACAGUCCGAUCUCAGCGACGAAGAAGAUGCGGAGGAACAGGCCAAGCGAGAUGCGUUCUUCGCGCCGGAGGAGAAGGAACAGUCCGGGAAGAAGGGUGACCUCGCCUCGUUCCAGCGAAUGUCGCUGUCUCGUCCGAUUCUCCGUGGCCUUGCCUCAGUUGGGUUCCUCAAGCCAACACCUAUCCAAACCAAGGCAAUACCGAUUGCCUUGAUGGGCAAGGAUGUUGUCGGCGGAGCAGUAACUGGUUCUGGAAAGACUGGCGCAUUUGUGGUCCCCAUCCUCGAGCGACUUCUCUAUCGGCCUAAGAAGGUUCCGACCAGUCGGGUCGUCAUCCUUACCCCAACGCGCGAGUUGGCUAUCCAGUGUCAUGCUGUAGCCGUCAAACUCGCCAGCCAUACCGAUAUUAAAUUCUGCCUCGCUGUCGGAGGUCUGAGUCUGAAGGUCCAAGAGGCCGAGUUAAGGAUGAGGCCGGAUGUCAUCAUUGCGACUCCGGGUCGUUUCAUCGACCACAUGAGAAAUUCUGCCAGCUUCGCUGUCGAUACGGUGGAGAUUCUGAUUCUCGAUGAAGCAGACAGGAUGCUCGAGGAUGGUUUCGCCGAUGAGCUCAACGAGAUUCUGACAACCUUGCCCAAGUCUCGGCAGACAAUGCUGUUCUCGGCAACUAUGACCUCUUCGGUCGACCAGCUCAUCCGUGUCGGGCUCAAUAAGCCAGUACGCAUCAUGGUUGAUUCGCAGAAGAAAACGGUGACGACUCUGGUUCAGGAAUUCGUGCGGCUGCGACCUGGACGCGAGGAAAAGCGAUUGGGCUACCUAGUCCACCUCUGCAAGACACUCUAUACCGAGCGCGUUAUCAUCUUCUUCAGACAAAAGAAGAUUGCUCAUCUGACCCGAAUUGUCUUCGGCCUCCUGGGCCUCUCGUGCGCCGAGCUUCACGGGAGCAUGAACCAGGCACAGCGUAUAGCCAGUGUCGAGGCUUUCCGAGACGGCAAGGUCUCAUACCUUCUCGCCACCGACUUGGCUUCUCGUGGCCUGGAUAUCAAGGGGAUUGACACUGUUAUCAACUACGAGGCACCGCAAUCUCUCGACAUCUAUGUCCACCGUGUCGGCCGCACAGCCCGAGCUGGCCGCAGUGGUACGGCAGUCACACUAGCCGCCGAGCCGGACAGGAAGGUGGUGAAAGCCGCUGUGAGGUCAGGGAAAGCGCAAGGAGCUACCAUCCGCAGCCGGAUCAUCGACGUCGGCGAUGCCGACAAGUGGCAGCAACAAAUCGACGAAAUGGAGGACGAGAUCGAAGAGAUCAUGCAGGAAGAGAAGGAAGAGAAGCAACUCGCCCAAGUAGAGAUGCAGGUCAAGAAGGGAGAAAAUCUCUUGAGGCACGAGGACGAGAUCAAGUCACGGCCGAAACGGACGUGGUUCGAGUCGGAGAAGGAGAGGAUAACGGCGAAGGAGGCCGGUCGAGCCGAGCUCAAUGGAGUGCGUGAGAAGCUGAAGAAGAAGGGUGCUGGGAAGUUGAGCAACAAGGACAGGAAGCUGCUCGAUGCGAAAGCUGAGAGGAGCGGGGAGAGAUCGUGGAAGAAGGGGCGGGCAGAGAGGGAUGGUAAGGGGGCGGCUGCCGCUCCUGGAAAGAAGAGUCACAAGGGGAAGCCAAAGAGGGCCGCAGGGCCUAAGAAGGGAGGCAGCCGCCCGCACCCCCACCACCGCUCGACCCUUCUGCAGUACCUCUUCCCCCACUCCGUGCGCCAGCGCUACCGGGAGCGCCUGCUCGCCUUCCGGCUCGACGCCCUCCCACGCUACAAGCACCGCCUGCAGAGCCGCAUCUGGGGCUUCCUGGUCGCCCGCGAGCAGCGCAGGCGUACCCGCGAGGGCACCAGGCUCGUCGACGCCCUUGCCCGGCACGGCCGCAGGGCCAAUCUGCUCCUACGUGGGCCCGGGCCGCCGCCGAGACAGCACCAGCACCAGCAGCAGCACCACCGCGGGCACAACAGCCGGAGGAGGAAGGAGGAGGAUGCGAGUGCGCCGCCCGGGAGAGGGGUCGAGCAGAAGCAGACGCGAGAGCCUGGCGCCCGACGAAAGAAGCUGGCUGCCAUGGCGGGGAGUGUCUACCGUGCCGGCGUGGCAGCGGCGAGCGAGCUGAAGGAGCAGUAUAACAACACGCGAGUGCGGGGAGUGGAAUUGCCCGAUUCGGAUAUAUCGAUACCGGGUUCCUUCCCCGAUGUUGCUAUUGUGACGAAGGGGAACGAGCAGAUGGUGCUCUUUCCGUCAUAUGCCAAGCACCAUAUCAAACAGUCCGGUCAGGAGAGAUCGUCGAAUCUCCCGGAGGCUCCUUUGCCGACCCAGGGCAGCAUGAACGACGAAGAGUAUUGGCGUCAGGAGUGGGCAAGGAUUGAGGAUGAGAAGGCAAUUGUGGACGUCGAUGUCCGUGGCUGGAUAUAUACGCCGCAGAAGGGGCAGAUGACCAGGCGCAAUCGCAUGCUGGUGGGUCUUGCCCGGAGGUUGAGUGGAAUCCCUCCUCCAUUGGCUCAGGGCCAGCAGCCGGUGGCUUCAAUGCACGAAGAACAUGAGCGCAUGAGGGAGGAGCAGAAGAUAGCCGAAGAAGCACGGGAAAUCGAGAGGAAAGGUCAAGGAGAGAAGGAAAUUGCGAGUCGGGGAGGAUAUAGCGAACCGCCGAAGGAUUCCGAUGAUGAGGUCGAUACGCCGCAAAACCUCCGCUUUCCGAGGACGCGGAACGGAAGAGACUCGCCUCCUUCGGUACCUCCGUCGCCGACUCUGGCACCCAAGGCCUCGUGGGGGACGCAGCCGGCCGAGCUCACCGAGGCGGAACUGGCUGUCGCCAACGCAAAUCUCAUGGCGCGGCUUGGACCUUUCAUGACAACCCCUUUAGUCCAGCUGCCGGUCACACUUUUCUUCUACAACGACACGCAGUCCCAGUCGCGCACCGUGAUGACCAACGAUGCGGGCCAUUUCGUCAUGCGCGCCGCGCUAGAUUUUGUGCCAACCCAUGUCAGGACGCUAGCUAACGAGAACUUAUCUGCUACCGAGCCAGUGCGCGUCAUCGAGAGCUCCGGUGUCAGCGUGAUAAGCGAUAUCGACGACACGAUCAAGCACUCGAACAUAUCCCUGGGCGCACGGGAGAUCUUCCGCAACACGUUCCUCAGGGACUUGAGCGACCUGACCAUCGAAGGAGUGAGGGAAUGGUACACUUCUCUUCACGAUAUGGGCGUGGAAAUCCACUAUUGCUCAAACAGCCCAUGGCAGCUGUACCCAGUCCUUGCCACCUUCUUCCGCUUAGCUGGUCUCCCACCGGGUUCUAUCCAAUUAAAGCAGUAUAGCGGGAUGCUGCAAGGAAUAUUCGAACCCGUGGCGGAGAGGAAACGGGGUUCCGUCGAGAAGAUCCUACGAGACUUCCCCGAACGGAAAUUUCUCCUCGUCGGCGAUAGUGGAGAGGCCGACCUCGAAGUCUACACGGAUCUGGUGGUUUCAAACCCGAACCGGAUUCUAGCCGUCUUCAUCAGAGACGUGACGACGCCAGAUCAGCCAGGAUACUUUGAUGCAUCAUUCAAUGGUGGCGGUGAGCGCGGUAGCCGUAGUGAGAUGACUCGGAACCGUAUCGCCGGGCAUCAGUCUAAAAUUGACGACCCCGCGGCCCGACCGGCUCUACCGCCCCGGGUGGCAACAACGCCACCGAGGCCGGAAGGCCCCGUGAUGGGGACGCUGAUUGACUUGUCAGCCGAGCCGGAGGAGAUGACGCAGAACGAAUCACGAAACCUCUCCAGGCUCAAGGAUAACUCGAGACUGAAGACCAGCAGCAGCACCUCCAACCUGCUCGGCCGAAAGGCGCCUCCCCCGCGUCCAGAAAAGCCGCUAGCCCUUCGAAGCUCUCCUUCCGAGGUUAGCCUGGGAUCAUCAGCACAGCCUGACAGGCGAAAUCCCCAACCGCCGCCCAACCCACGCGUCCGCAAGCUCUCCGGGCCUCAAUCGAGUCAACAUCCCCACCCGCUCACGCAAAUCCAAAACUCGUCCGACCAGAGCAUCGGGAGCAGCGCCAGCCGGCCAACGCCCACGCCCCCCGCCCGAGCAACCUCGAACGCCAGCACCACAUCCUCUUCGUCCAGGCAGCAGCAGCAGCAGGUACCACCACCACCCCCGCCACGCCGCCGCGGGACCACCACCCCGACGGGGACACUCCUCAACCCGAUCCAGACCCCGGCCCCGCGCCCGCCGCCGACGCGCACCAACUCCGACGUCGACGUCGAGUCCCUCCCCGACGCGGCGUACCAACCCCAGUACCAGUCGCAGGCGGCGGCGGGUCCCGGCGCGGCGGUGAACAGGAAGUUGGACGUCUGGCGGAGGAGGCUGGCGCGGGCGCACGAGACGCUGGACAGGCACGGCGUUGCGCUGUAUACGUGGCGGAAGGGGCUUGAUGUUGUCGCUGAGGCGGAGGGGAUCGUGAGGGAGGCCAUGAGGGGGAUGGGAGGGGGGAAGAGAUAA